AUGCGGUCGCUCUCCACGCUUCUGUUUGCAAUUCUAAUCGCAGCCGGCAGGUCUACCUCGUGGGCCUUGGUCAACAUCCCAUUGACAAAGCUUGAGCGUACUGGGUCGUACUUUCAAGGGUCUCUACAUGCUGAUCGUGACCGAGCGUCAUCCUUGAAGGGCCGACCAACCAGUGGCCCAAGGACCAUCCCGGCCUCAAACCUGGCAUACACACAGUACACUACGAGCGUUGGUGUCGGCAGUCCAGCCGCCUACUACAAUUUAGUUGUUGACACGGGGAGUUCCAAAACCUUUGUCGGGUCAUAUGUCCGUACAUCAACUAGUGUCCCUACUGGACAGGAUGUCAAUGUCAGCUAUUGGACUGGCUUUUUCAGUGGUUCCGAAUACUAUGACACAGUGACUCUCGCAGCUGACUUCGUCAUCACGAACCAAUCUAUCGGCGAUGCACUCCAAUACGCAGACUUUGGCGGCGUCGAUGGCAUUAUUGGCGUCGGUCCAGUUGAUCUCACUCAGGGCACUCUGUCUCCCGACGCUAACGCCUUAAUUCCGACCGUCAUGAACAACGCUUUGAAGCAGGGUUUGAUCAAAAAGCAGACUCUCGGUGUUUUAUUCGCACCGGCAACGACUUAUAAUGACACUAAUGGAGUACUUACAUAUGGUGGCAUUGAUCAUGCUCUUUACACCGGUGAAAUAACCUACACUCCGGUUACCAAGAUUCUCCCAGCAGCACAGUUCUGGGGUAUCAACGUGACUUGCUUGACAUAUGGCACACACACCUUUAUUCCUCAGUCAACCGCCGGCAUUGUCGACACGGGUACAACUGCGGUCCUGCUUGCGGACGAUUUCUUUGCCAUGUACUUAGACGCUACCCCCGGAGCCUAUCUCGGCGCUAACAAUACUGGCUUCAUUGUCAUCCUCUCUUCCUCUGUCGCGGACAUACAACCCCUCAACUUCACGAUCGGCGGUUGUGUGUUCAGCAUGGAUACAGCUGCACAACUGAUCCCAUUGGACCAGAACGCCAUGUUUGGCGGCGAGACUGGUUUACAAUACGGCGUCAUUGCUACUCGGGGCGCUGACAGCGGGAGGGGCUUAGAUUUCGCCAUCGGUCAGAAGUUCAUGGAGAGGUAUUAUGUUGUCUUCGAUGCUGAUGACCACCGCGUUGGCUUCGCGUACACUGAUCAUACCUUCUCGACGUACUUGCCUUGA